AUGCGUCAUGACGCUCUUCGUGUUUUGGGAAGUGAUCCGUUUGAAGAUAUAACGGCAAAGACGCGUCUAAGGCAGCUGUUACAAACAUAUCAGGGCAGAGAUAAAUUGUUUAAAGUUCUUCAAUACUUUCUUAGGGUAAAACUAUGGAUGCACGCGGUGGACUACAAUCCCAACUAUGUUCCUGGUGCGGAAUUCAGCGCAGUUGAGAGAAGGUUAAUGACCAUUGUUAACACGCGGCGACUGUUUCGUGUAGGGCGUUUUGUUGGUGAGUUUGUGAGGAUGAGGGUAACCUUAAUCAAGUGUUCGGAACUUGUUUACAUUCCGGUCAGCGGUGGAAAGUGGAUUGCUGUUUUUAUCCAGUGUCAGAUGAUAUGUGAUAUGAUAGCCCGGGCCCUAAUGUGUGUUAAAUCGUCAUGUGAAGAUGUUGCUUUUCUUGUACAAAAGGGUUUCUUUCACAGUCAGGUGGCUGACCAACUUAUCAGCUUGGCUGUUCGGUGCACACUACCUGUUUUUUUGAUUGACCUCUUCCUCAACACGCUACGGCUGUUACAGGGGAUUCUGGACGCGUCCCGUCAAACAACAGAAAAAGAACUCCUGUUUUCAAAAGACUCAUUUUCUCUGUUGUCCAGAUAUGAUCGAGUUGACAAACUACGACGCAGAAUGAGUAAAGCAAAUUUUGCAAAUAAGGUGAACAAUGACGAAAAUGAGAAUCAAAUUGUGGAGGUGGAAGAAGCAAAUGAUAUAGUGGUGGGUUCGUAUCAAGAACUGUUGUGGAAAGACUUUGAAUUGCAUUGGAUCUUUGUUACAGAGUUGAAGCUGUUGCUUGAUCUUUUCGUGGCCAUGUCGUAUCUGAAGCGCUGGGACAGUGUUCGUGGUCUAGCCAGCAUAUGUGGUCUCUUUUCUGGCCUUCUUUCUGUCUACAGAGUCUGGACCUACGGCCGCUGA